AUGGUUCGAUUACAGGUGGCAAAAUUUGCCCUUCGGCCAUUGGCCUCGACGACAUCAUUGAUCGGUUCACCGCGGCCGCUACAACUGCAGCCAGCUUCGGUUGGCCUCCCAAUUGAGCAGAAGCGAAGGACCUCCAACAAGGACAGCUCCCAUCCCCAUCCGGCUGCCUUGACAGCGGAUGUGAAGCCAAGGGAUGUCAUGGAAUAUGCCUUGACCACACUAGAUAAGAUCGCAGCCUGGGCUCGCAAUGGCUCCUUCUGGCCAUUGACCUUUGGCCUAGCGUGCUGCGGUAUCGAAAUGAUGCACGUCUCCAUGCCACGGUACGACCAAGACCGCCUGGGCAUCAUCUUCCGAGCCUCCCCUCGACAAUCCGACGUCAUGAUCGUCGCUGGCACAGUCACCAACAAGAUGGCGACGGCCGUCCGACUCUGUUACGAUCAGAUGCCCGAGCCCCGCUGGGUCAUCAGCAUGGGGUCGUGCGCCAACGGCGGAGGAUACUAUCACUACAGCUACAGCGUCCUCAGAGGCGUCGACAGGAUCCUCCCAGUCGACAUCUACGUUCCGGGGUGCCCGCCGACGGCUGAGGCUUUGAUGUAUGGCCCAAAUGCUCCCUACGACUCACAUCUUUAUUCGCGAUACUCGGCGCCUAACUCGACUCGUUUCGAGGCUAUAUUGCGUAACCUCUUUGAUGGCGAGGUCAUCUCCUAUUCCACGGGCCUCUCCGCCUUCCUGGCGAUGGUGAUCCUGCUGAAUCCAAAGCGCAUCUUCAUCGGUGACGGUUACCACGGCGUACAUGGAGUCAUUGAUGUUGUGAUCAAACUAUCAGGUGUUCGGAAGUUGGCACUCGACGAUCUUGAUCAACUUGGCCGCGGCGAUAUCCUACAUGUCGAGACGCCGCUUAACCCCACUGGUGAGGCACGCAAUCUUGCCUACUAUAGUAGCAAGGCCCACCAGAAUCCCCUGCAGCUAGGCGCCGAUAUCGUGAUGCAUAGCGGCACAAAGUAUAUUGGCGGCCACUCCGAUAUGUUAUGUGGUAUCCUGGUGGUGCAUCCUGAACUUGUUAAACAGGGCUGGAUGGAGACACUUCAGGAGGAGCGUCGAGUCAUAGGAAACGUCAUGGGCAGUCUUGAGGGAUGGCUCGGCAUCCGAUCCCUUCGUACCAUGAACCUACGCGUCACUCGACAGUCCCAGACGGCUGAAAAGCUGGUUGCAUGGCUUCAGGAACAACAACAGCUACCGAAAAGCGUGGUCGCGAAGAUGGUCGAUAGGCUACAACAUGCUUCGCUCCAGCAUGAAGACCUGCAAGAUGGAUGGCUAAGAAGCCAGGUGCCCGGUGGCUUUGGUCCUGUCUUUAGCCUCUGGCUGAAGAAGCCAGAGCACGCAAGGCGGCUCCCAAGCAGGCUAUUUGUAUUUCAGCAUGCAACAAGCCUGGGCGGCGUCGAGAGUUUGAUGGAAUGGCGAGCAAUGUCCGAUAGUAGUUGCGAUGAACGGUUGCUUUGGGUUAGCUGCGGCGUGGAGGAUAUCGAGGACAUGAAGGCGGAUAUACUGCAGGGACUUGAGUCGCUAUUGCGAGAUUUUCCUUGA